AUGGUUCUCCCCGGUCCACACGAGCCCAACCUGGCUCAGCUCAACAAUCUUAUGCAGAUAUUUACCAAUAGCAUGAUCCGCCUCACCGACGGUAUCGAGUUUUCUGUACACGGACAACAAGAGCUCGAAGUAGGUCUUAAGGUACAAAAGACGCGAAACGACAAGACUCCUGACAAAAUUGAGGGACUCGUGUUCUCCUCGUUCCCAAAGAAAGUCAACCUUCGCCGUAUGGAUCUCUCCCUUUACGACCUCGUCUAUGAUUAUCUUCAACAGCAUUGGUACAAUGACAUCAACCUUCUUGUCAGCACAGACACGAGCCGGAACGGGCACGUGUUUGACGGCGCUGCAGUAUCGUACCCCUACAUCUGUUUUCAGUCUCUUCGCUAUGGCGCAGCUGACCACUUUCGAGGUGAAUCGGCAAGGUAUGCUUACAUUGAUCAACGCGUACCUGUGGAGAUACAAUAUCUCUUCCACGUCAAGCUAGAGCGACGAUACCGUUCUACACUCACUGCGACGCUAGCCGUUGUCCGAAGGUUUGUUGCUGCUGAUGCUCGUAUUCAAUUUCCCUGGGUAAUGUGGGCAAAUGAUCUUGGUGUUGCUGCCUGGACUGCCGAUCAGUUUGCACCACUGGAAGUCAUCAACAUAACACGCCUGUCAGGACACCUGGUGCACGCGCCGAUUAAGCUCGGACGUCAUAAACUAUGGAUUACCGUUGCAUAUGAUCAUGGCAGUCCAGAGGCAGACAUUCCAUCUCAGGAUGACAUGUAG